CCGGCCCCGGCCCCGGCCCCGGCCGAGGCGGCGGUCCCUGGCGCCCCGGCGGUCCCUCGCGGCGAGGCGGAGCGGAGCGCGGGGCGGGGGCGGACACACGCACAGUCCGUGAGCCGCGGCCCGCGCUCUGCCAGGCCGCCCCGCCGCGGCGGGAGCCGCCGGGCGCUGGGGGAGACCUGCCUCCGCGGCAGCUCUGUGCCCAGGCCGCGGCUGUGAGCGCGGGCGUCCCCGGCCCGCUCCCAGCCCCCUCUCGCCCCAGACCCUGCCUGCUGCAGGCCCCCAGCCUGCUUCCAACUCCCUCUCACCCCAGAUCCCCUCCCGCCCUGGCCCCCAUCUUACCCCAGACCCCCAUCCUGCUCCUGGCACCCACAAAUGCAGCCUGCGUGACAGCGUGUGUCAGGGAGCGAAGCUGAAUAUGUGUUCAGCAAGUUCUUACUCUCUGUCGUCAGUUAGCUUUAUAAGCAUAAAGUGAGGCUCAAGCAUUGUUGGACACACAGGGUGGUAUCAGCCUAGGGAGGGUUUCGCAUCUGGUUUGCGACCCAAGUGACUGACGCUGACUGCUUCGUCUUGCAGGCACACCAAGGUUACUGACUAUGGGUAAAUGAUAUCACCACUCCAUGAGAACCCUUCAAAAAUCAACCAACCAAGGAGGAAGCCUUCUUAUGGAAUUGAGAGGUCUGUACUCCUUUCUGCAUAAUAGUGCAAGCUUAACAGGAGGAAUAACAGGAAUCUCCUUCUACCUUGGUACAUACCCUGGGUGAAAGGCUGUUUCCUUGGAGCUGGGAAACGUAGACUUGAACCUUGUCAGGGUGAGUAUAUUCAGCAGUGCUCCGUGACGGUGAUGUUGGCUGUGCAUCCAGGCUGUGGAUGUCAAGACUUCUCCUGACACUCUGUCAGAUCUGACCUGAGCACAUCUCAUCUCCCAUGGGUCCUGCUCUCCUCUGGAAGGAAACUGAGGUGUCUGAGCAAGAAGGGAGAGGAAGUACGAUUGUGACCCAGCUGAGAUUAUUUGGAGGGGCAAGAGCCCAGACAUUGUUGUGACAGCGGCUGUGAGAAAUCUCUCUUCACAGAUCUCCAAACGUCCAAUAGACAAGUGGCUGAAGUGGAAGUUUCUUAUUCUACAGGUCUGCUCCCUCCCCAGAACUGCUCCAUCAUGUGCAAUGAAUGAGGGGAAAAUUGAAGAAAACAUUUAAUUCAACCUUAAAUGAGCACAAAAAGAUGACUGCUGAUUCCUUACUUCCUGUGCUUAAGAGAACUGGAAGCUGCAUCUCUCAGGAAAAUUGUCUCAAAUACCAGAAGUCCACAGAGUGGAUGAGGAGGUGCUUGGACUUGGCAGCUGCCUGGAGCACGAUGCCCUACCCUGCUCUCGGCCUUGGGAAGUUGUGAAUUGCUCAUGUCCAUAAGGAGGAAGGAUGGCUCAUGGAAUUCCUUCUCAAGGCAAAGUUACCAUAACAGUGGAUGAAUAUAGCUCCAAUCCAACGCAGGCAUUUACACACUACAAUAUUAAUCAGAGCAGGUUCCAGCCUCCACAUGUGCAUAUGGUCGACCCUAUUCCAUAUGACACUCCAAAACCAGCGGGCCACACGCGAUUUGUCUGCGUCUCAGACACGCACUCCAGAACAGAUGGCAUCCAGAUGCCUUAUGGGGACAUCCUUCUCCACACGGGCGAUUUCACCGAACUGGGACUGCCCUCAGAGGUUAAGAAGUUUAAUGACUGGUUAGGAAACCUGCCGUAUGAAUAUAAAAUAGUGAUUGCUGGGAAUCAUGAACUGACAUUUGAUAAGGAAUUCAUGGCAGACCUUGUUAAACAAGAUUACUACCGCUUUCCCUCUGUGUCCAAAUUGAAACCAGAGGACUUUGACAAUGUUCAGUCACUCCUGACAAAUAGUAUUUACUUGCAAGAUUCAGAGGUAACAGUUAAAGGAUUCCGAAUAUAUGGUGCCCCUUGGACACCAUGGUUUAACGGAUGGGGCUUUAACCUACCCAGAGGUCAGUCUUUGCUAGACAAGUGGAACCUUAUCCCUGAGGGUAUUGAUAUACUAAUGACACAUGGACCUCCCCUUGGUUUUCGGGACUGGGUCCCAAAGGAGCUGCAGAGAGUUGGUUGUGUGGAGCUGUUGAACACAGUGCAGAGGCGAGUAAGGCCCAAACUCCACGUCUUUGGUGGAAUUCACGAAGGUUAUGGCAUUAUGACAGACGGUUACACAACGUACAUCAAUGCCUCAACGUGUACAGUCAGCUUUCAACCAACCAAUCCGCCAAUUAUAUUUGACCUUCCGACCCCUCAAGGAUCAUGAAGCACUACUGCACAUUUGGAACUGGGAAGGUCUAUAAACUGCCAUUUUCUAAUUAUAAAACUUGCAUUCUCUUACAUGUUUAUUUCAAAAUAAUUAUGUAGGGGCAUUUUGUUUGAGGGACUGGGGAGGGGUGUUUUGGGGCUUUUUUUUUUUUUUUUUUUGUAAAUUGCUGGUACAAAAGAAAAAGAGGAAGAAGUUAGAGGUUGUGCUUUUUGGAAAUGCAGCAUUCAUUUUUAAUUGAUAAAGCAUUGUGAAUUUGUAAAAUGAAUUUUGUUUUUCAAUAAACUUGCCAUUGUAAAUUGUUAUAGUGUUCUCAAAAGGACAGCCAAGCUUUCUUUUAAUAAGUGAGAGACCUUAUUUUAAUAUUAUAUUAUAAGCUAAAAAAUAGGCAGCAUUUAAAAACACCCAAAUUUGCACAACUUAUGUUAUUGUCGGGGUUUUUUAAGUGUCUUCAUUUUCCCUAGGUCUAAAUGUUAGCUUUCCAUCUCUCUGUUUAUAUCAAACUUUUUUAGUAGCACAAACAAGAUUUAGGGGUCCAUUUACCUCUUGAUACAUGUGCAUGUACUGAAAAUUCUUCCUAUUAACAGUGAUAUGCAGCAAGGGGAGAAUAAACUUCUUAGUUGUUUGUCUACUUUUAUAUGUUAAAGACUGAUAUAGAUAGCCGCAGCCUGUAUGUGAUACCUACUUUUUUUUCUGUUUUUUUAAAUUAUUUUAGCUUUAAAAACUGGGGAUGAAAGCUGCAAAGGGCAGGUAUUUCACACAGUAAAAAAAAAUGUAAAUGCGGACUCCUUUUAAAUAUGAAUUUAUAUAUAUAUGUAUUUUUUGUGCAUUAUAACUAAGCUAGGAAUUUAAUAUUGCCAGUAUAGCAUCUGCAAAAUUAUGCUGUACAGCACAUCUAAAUUAUGAAGGAUGUGACACAUUUUCCAAGUGCUCAAGGCCUUCAAGAGCCUGAAUUAAAUCUUUGUUGUAGUUCAGACAUGUAUAGAGUCAAAUGGAUACAAUCAAGCCUAACUAAAAUAAGGCUUAGUUGUCCUUUAUAUUUAAAUAUUCCUCUUGUCUUAUUUCCUUUUUCUUAUUUUGCACUGUGUGUAAAUGCAAUCUUGCUAGCACAAAAUAUUGUUGCAGAUAGUUACUUCUGUUCUACCACUGUAAAUGCUAUUGAGCUUUGUUCUGUUUUAUGUUACCUUGUUAAUGGAAUUUAGAAGAGCAGUUGUUUCUUUAAAUUUAUUGUGAUAUUCUAUCUAGCGGCCUUUAUAUGCAAAUAAAAUUGCAAGAUUUUUAAA